UGUUGAUGAGAGAGUGUGUGCAGAGUGAGAGAGCGAGAGAGAAACAGAGCGACAGCAGAGUACUCUGUAAACAGGCUGUCAGAGAAGAAAGUGCAGGGACAUUUUCAUCCGCUACAGCCAAAGGAGUGCGUUGCAUGCAACACUGAAGGAUAAUCACAAGAGGCAGAGAGAGAGAGGGAGAGGACGAGAGAAGGUUUAAUUAAUUCAUGCAGGAGGGGAGGGAUGUUUCUGCCGCUGACUGAGCUGGUUCCAGCACUGCCUGAGCUCUGCUGCAUUUUGUUUGUGAGCCCGUCUGUGCUCUCACUCAGAUCAGGCAGGAUUUGAUGGACACCAUCACCUGAACAAGCAGAGAUGUGCUGGCAAAGUGCUGUUGAAUUCUCAUUCUGCUCAAACUCAUUGGGAGUGUCAGAACAGGGAGAGAGACGAAGCGAGAGAGAGAAAUAGAGACAGAACGAGAGUAUUCAGCAGACAGAGAGCGGGGGACAUUGAUUGGUGUGGCAUGCUGAGCACAGAAGCAGGCCAAGCCCAUAUCACUCCAGUUGACAGGUCAUCAGUUGCUCAUCCGUGUGCACCUGUCACCUCACCACAGCAGAGCUACUCCGAUCCCAUCCCCUACCAGUGGCACGGCACGCACCUCACCUUCACACUGUCCUCGUCCUUGCAUCCCUCCCUUGUUUCGCCACUCCGCAUCGGGGGCACCAAUUCACCAUCUGCUCGUAGCAAAGCAAUAUGAACAUGCCAGAUCGUACCAUCUCGUUUUCAUACCUCACCUGAGGACAAUCAGCUUGGUUCCUCCAGCUCGCAGCGAGCGAUCUGAUCGGCGAAAUGGGAGACUGGGUGUGUCUGAGCCCAGCCGAAUUCUCCCAGCUGCAGCAGUACAGUGAGUAUUCCUCCAAGAAGCUUAAAGAUGUCCUGGAAGAGUUUCACGGAAAUGGUGUCCUCUCCAAGUACAACCCUGAACAGAAGCAAGAUGUUCUCAAUCAACCCAUCGACUACGAGGGUUUCCAGCUAUUCAUGGCGACCUACCUGGAGAAUGACAUCCCUGAGGAGCUGUGCAAACACCUCUUCACCUCCUUCAAGAGCAAGAAUGGCGGAGGCAGCUCCCCUGACGCCUCUCGAUCUGGAGAAGGCAUGCUGGGUAUGAAUGGGAAGAGUAUUUUGAGCGCUAUGAGCCGACAUACAUCAGAGAACUCUGCAGGGAUCACUCCAGGCUCAGGGGCCACCACAUCGCCCUGCUCCUCCCGCUCCUCCUCACAGCGAUCAGGCACAGGGGGCCACACACCCAGAGGCUCCCACAGGUCGCCCGGCACGCAACCCAAACCCCCAGCGGGCAGCAGCAGUAGUAAUGCUUUGGCUCUCUCCAAGACCUCAAACUCCCCGCGCCUCUCCCCAGAGCGUAAUCAAUCUGAGAAUCGUACAUCUCUCCGGAGGAGUCCUUCUCCGCAGAAAGGCUCUCCAUCACCCCAAGUAGUCUUCCUCAAAGACAUUGUGUGCUACUUGUCUCUGCUGGAGAGGGGGACGCCAGAGGACAAGCUUGAGUUCAUGUUCAGGCUUUACGACACAGAUGGCAAUGGCCUGCUGGACAGUUCGGAGCUUGACCGUAUAAUAAACCAGAUGGUCCAUGUAGCUGAGUACCUGGAAUGGGACUCUACAGAACUGCGGCCGAUACUCAAGGAGAUGAUGGAGGAGAUUGACUAUGACAGGGAUGGAACAGUCACACUAGAGGAGUGGAUCAGAGGAGGAAUGACCACCAUACCACUCCUGGUACUGCUGGGAAUGGAGACGAAUGUACAGGAAGAUGGGCAGCACGUAUGGAGACUUAAGCAUUUCAACAAGCCAGCAUACUGUAAUUACUGCCACACUAUGUUGUUAGGAGUACGAAAACAGGGCCUUUGUUGCUCACUAUGCAAGUACACAGUUCAUGAGCGCUGUGUGUCCAAAGACAUUGCUCCUUGCAUUAGCACCUACGCCAAGUCCCGCAGACACACCAAUGCUAUGCAGCAUGUUUGGAUUGAGGGCAACUCCCCAACAAAAUGUGACAAAUGUCACCGCAGUAUCAAGUGCUAUCAAGGUCUAACAGGCCUUCACUGUGUUUGGUGUCAAAUCACUCUCCACAACAAGUGUGCGUCCAAUGUGAAGCCUGAGUGUGAUGGUGGACCAUUAAAAGAUCACACACUCCUGCCCUCAUACAUCUGCCCUGUUGUUCUGGACCGUCAGCCUGCUGUGAAAAGAGGUGAAGGAGAAUCAUCCCCCAGUACCAGCCCUGAUGACACCGGCCAGUGUUUCAAGUUCACCGGGGACGGUCAGGCACUGCAGAUCACCCCUCUGCCUGGAACGCACCCCCUUCUUGUGCUGGUUAAUCCUAAGAGUGGUGGUCGGCAGGGUGAGAGGGUGCUGCGGAAAUUCCAGUACCUGCUUAACCCCAGACAGGUGUACAGUUUGGAACGAGGAGGACCCAUGGCGGGGCUCAACUUUUUUCGAGACGUGCCUGAUUUCCGUGUGCUGGCCUGUGGAGGCGAUGGAUCAGUGGGGUGGAUUUUGGACUGCAUUGAUAAGGCCAAUUUUGCUCGGCAUCCGCCUGUUGCCAUCCUGCCUCUGGGGACCGGGAAUGACCUUGCUCGCUGCCUGCGCUGGGGUGGAGGCUAUGAAGGAGGCAGUCUGCUUAAGUUCCUCAGAGAUAUCGAGCACAGCACCGAGGUGAUGCUUGACCGCUGGAACAUCGACAUUGUCCCUGAUGAUAAGGAGGAGAAGGGAGAUCCUGUACCCUACAGCAUAGUGAACAAUUACUUUUCCAUCGGAGUGGACGCAUCCAUAGCGCAUCGCUUCCACUUAAUGAGGGAGAAGCAUCCAGAGAAGUUUAACAGCAGAAUGAAAAACAAGUUGUGGUACUUUGAAUUUGGCACCACAGAGACCAUCUCAGCCACUUGUAAAAAGCUGAACGAAACCAUUGAGGUGGAGUGUGAUGGCAUCAUCUUGGAUCUCAGCAGCACGUCUCUGGAGGGUAUCGCUGUGCUCAAUAUUCCCAGCAUGCACGGGGGCUCCAACCUGUGGGGCGAGACCAAGAAAAGACGGAAUUACAAUCGCAUGAGUAAGAAAGUGCCAGAGAGAAUGACUGGCAGCACUGUCACCGAUGCCAAGGAGCUCAAGUUUUGUGUUCAAGAUCUGAGUGACCAGCUUCUGGAGGUGGUGGGUUUGGAGGGAGCCAUCGAGAUGGGUCAGAUAUACACGGGUCUCAAGAGCGCUGGGCGGCGCCUUGCACAGUGUUCCAAUGUCACCAUCAGGACGUCCCGGCUGCUGCCCAUGCAGAUCGAUGGAGAACCGUGGAUGCAGCCUCCAUGCACGAUACGGAUCACGCACAAAAACCAGGUGCCCAUGCUGCUGGGACCGCCACAGAAAACUCCCUUCUUCUUCUUCAAGAAGCGCAACAGAAGUCGGGACUAAAUGUGGGACUCCAGAAAUCAGCUACUCUUCUACAAUCAUACAAACACACUCAAGCAUCACCACCUUCCUCAGCCUCUUCUUUGUCUUUGGCUAGUGGGACCCAAAGAGAAGAGACUUUUCAAACACUUUUGUGGAACAAAUCAAUACAAAUACAACACUGUAAUGGGCCUCUAAUGGACUCCAUCUCGCAACACAGCCUGGCUGAACCAGUUGAACGGACCCUCUCUGAGUGUCAUGACCACUUCCUGUGUCUUAUCAUCCAGAACGUCUUAUCACAGGCUCGUGACCUGUAAGCUUUGACUCGAUUCCAACCAAAUUCCCCCCUACCAGUAGGCCACUGCCUUGGGAUCACACUGUGUGCCCUCUCCCUCCUCUUGAGAUGGCUCAUCAGAAGAUACUGCCAAAUUCCAAGAGAAAAAGAGAGAGAGGCAGGACCAAAAGAGCAAGAGACUCGCCCAGUAAAUGGACAAGAAGUGUGUUCAAGUGAAAAGAGAAUGAGAGCAAGAGACACCCUGGCACGAUAAUGUUCUUCACAUGAGAGUCGGUGGUGCACAUAUGGACGUCACUGGGCCCUGGUUAAGUCUAGCAGGACUAGGGAACAAACUUUCCUCCUAAAGGAGCUUACUGAAUUAUACAUCAGUGCAUGCAAAGCACUCAUUCCAGUGCCUCUCCAAGGCCCUACAAAGAUGCAAACUCAUCCAUUAUGAAGAUGUUUAUGGGGGUCUGCUGAUAGGGAUAGGUUAGACUGGCCUGAAAGAGAUGUAACAUUUCAGCUUCUGUAGUUUGCCUCAGGCUUUUUUGGUGUUCGCCCUCAGGCCGCAAAACUGACCAGUGAAAGUUGUUACAGUUAGCUGGAUGUUUAUUUAAUCCUAUACUCCCCACUAAAACAACAGUGCGAGCGCUAAGUGUGGAAAGUGGACCUAUAGUCUUAAAAAAAAAAAAAAAAUUUAGUUUAAUGAACCCUUAGAAAAGAGAAUAAGUGUAAACAUUUUUACCAAUGAUCGUUUAUUAGCAAUGUGACAAUUUGUGCAAUAAUUUGUAUUAUUUGUAUUUUUAAGCCAAAUCUAAAAUUUUGUGCCAUUAAGUUUAGGAGAAGAUUCCAUUUGAUUUUUAUUGAAAUACCCUGCUGAUAAGAAACAUCUUGCACCAGCCUUUGCUGGUUUGCCUGUCUGUUGACUGGUUUUAGAGGGGUUUUGGGCACUUUUCAAAUGGUCAGGCUGGUUACCCAGCUGGACAGCCUUUUCACACCAACACAAGCAUUUGGCAUGAAAAUUCGGUCCGAUUUUUGCACGCGUUUCGCUUGUUCAGACCAGUACGAAAAAAGGCACACUGGGAGAUUUAAAAUGCAACUUCACGCUGUGACAGUAGGUGGCGCUUACUGAAAAGCAGAAAUAAAGUACUCUGUUCAUGAGCACCAAGUCAUAGUUUUAUGUAACAGCAAUGGCUCUGCACAUGUGACCAAAAGUGCAAAUCUUAAGCCUAAAGUAUACUUCGGUCAUCGUUCCGCGAAGAAGUAUACGUUAAAAGGCUUGCACGUUCGUAGCGGAUCUCAGAAAAUGAAGUGUACCCCGACCUUUAUUGGUUGGUUUCUUGUGAUUAUAACACCACAUUAAAUUGUUUAUCACACUGAAUUUUCGCACCAAACAUUCUUGGUUUGAGCAGACUAUUAACCAACUAAGACCAGCAAACCAGUUUAGGCUGUUUUGGGCAGGUUUUAUCAGCAAGGUACAAAUUGAAUUAAAUUAUUUACAAAUGGAACAAUAAGGAGAUAAUGGUAAUGCUUUAUGACAUUAGUUAAUGCAUUAGAUGUCAAGAACUAGCAUUGACGAUGUAUUUACAGCAUUUAUUAAUCUAGUUUAACCCUCAUUUAUACUGUUGUUCACUGUUAAUUCAUGUAUAUUCUGAAGAUAUUAAAGAAUGUUCAUUUAUACAACCUAAAUAUUUGCAAAUCUAUGAAUUAUGUUGAAAUUAGCAUUGACCGAGAUUAUUAAAUGCUGUAAAAAUAUUAUUAAUUGUUCAUUCGUGAUUCCAAAUGCAUCAAGUAAUGUUAACAACCUGAAUCAUAUUAUAAGGUGUUACAAAAAUAAGAAUUUAAGGAAAAUGUAUUUCUGAGAAAGUCUCCGCUGUAGCUUACAGCAUCUCCAUUCAGAGAUGGGCUGAAAUCGAUCCAGCGCUGGUAUUAACACUGAAUCCUCUGGACCUCGUCUGUCACAACAAGCUACUGCAGUGGGGUUUGAUUUACUGCUGCAUGGACAGAGCCUAAAUUUAACUUCCUAUUUCAGGGAGUGAAACACUAUUCCUAAUUGCAGCAUGAAAACAUCAGCUCACAAUUUCAGGUCAACAGUUAAACGGGUCUGAUAGCGGUCCAGAUGAAUGCAAAGAACGGAAGUUACUUAAAGUUCAAGAUGCAAAAAGUGAGCUUUUUCAUUUUUAGCCCUUCUGAGAAGGCCCGUAAAGAGUAUUUAACUAAGAGAUGCCCACCGUGUAUCAGUAUUUGUAUAAUCUAGGAGCAUUGUAUGCAUAUAUAUAUAUAUAUAUAUAUAUAUAUAUAUAUAUGAAUGUGUUUAAAGAUAUAACUUAAUAUAGUAUCAGAGAUUAGCAGUGAUACCUUAUGGGUCACAUGAUUGACUGUAGCUAUCUGGCAGAUGUGUCUGAUAUAGAUCAACACGCAGCGAUCAUCAGAUGCUUUCGCAGUGUGCCGUAGGGUCCAAAGGUCUGUGUUGGAACUGUAUAUAUAUAUUUCACCAAUACAGAACUGGGGUCAGAUUGACUUAAAGUUCAGGUGUGGGCUUUUGAAACUGAGCUCUUACCAGGGUUAGCAGGUUAAUGUUCCCUUUAAAGAACACUGAACCGCAGAAGCUACGCCAGUGUCCUAAAAAAUGCUAAUCUCUCCAUAUGACCACAGAACUGACGUCCACCUCCAGUCCUUGGGUUUAUCAUAGAAGUUAAUGGUGGAUUUGGCAAAUAGAGCUCCAUUGUUUCUGUGGUCAUUGGACAGAUGGUUUAUCCUGUGUGACAGUCUGGUGUUUAAAGAAUGGCGGUUUGGUUACGAGUGCAUGUUUACAACUACUUUUCUUUUUACAGUUUAGAAUGAUUUUAAACAGUUAUGUAUAUAUAGAUAUUGUUUAUAUUUUCUCUAAAAUUUAACCACCGCAUGCCUGCUGAAACAAAGAAGACAAAGACGUCUGCUUGAAGAGAGACCACGCUGAUUGUUGUUACCUUAUUAGUUUCACAUGAUUAUAUUUUGGACCCUAUCCAAGCCCCUUGUAUCUAUCCACUGUACUUUUCCUUGAUCCGUUAGUAGCAUGUUCAUUGUACGAGUACCUCUGUGACUGUUCUUUGUUCUGUUUAGUAUUUUGUAGACAGAGGUUUGGCACCAAUAUAUGCUGAGCAAAGGGCGACUGAGGAAUGUCACCUACGAGAAAUGUCAUUUCUAAAUCGUACCAAUGUCCCCUUCUGUGUCAUUUCUGUGAAUAACUGAUAGCCUUAACUUACCAAUACAAAAUAGCGUUUUGCCUGGAGCAAAGAAUUUUGCAAUACAAGUCACUGAAAAAAUCGACAAAAUGAAGGGAAAAAUGAGAGGUCAACAUCUGUUUUGCCGUUUUGCAAUAACUCAUUUUUGUUAGUGUCAUCACACCGACAUACUCACUCUCAGAGAAGGGAGGUGAUAGAGCGAUGUCCUGCACAUCACAAAAGAGCUCCAUGAUCUCUGGCACCACAUAUGUCUUCAUUUGUGGACUGACUGACUUUUAGCGAUUAUUUUUAGCUGUCCGAAAACUGUGAUUGCUCAAUCUGCCCAUCACUAUUUUCUUAUGACAAUAAUCUGAUUUUAUCUAAAAAAAAACCAUGCUGCCUCUUGCAGGGUUGUGCUUUAUUCAGAAUUGAAUUGAGAAUGGCUUUUAAAUUCUAAUUGAAUUUCUGAAUCUGAAUUUAGGUAGUGAGCAGGAUGCAGAAUUGCAUUUGCAAUGUGAAUGUAAGAAUAUGAAUUUAAAAUCAAUUGAAAUUCAAAGGAGUUCAUAAAAUUGUCGGUUUAAAAAAAAACUUUGCGGCUUGUCAAAAACGAUAGAUAGAUAGAUAGAUAGAUAGAUAGAUAGAUAGAUAGAUAGAUAGAUAGAUAGAUAGAUAGAUAGAUAGAUAGAUAGAUAGAUAGAUAGAUAGAUAGAUAGAUAGAUAGUAAAGAAGGAUGGCCCUGGAUGAAAGAACACUUUUCUUUUUCUCAGGGUGCAUUACCUGUGAUGAAUUCCUUUGAAUUAAAAUUCAUUAAGUUACUCUUCCUAUCAUUCAAAUUCAUGUUGGAUGUGGGCAAUUCUAUUAACAUUUUUCAACUCAUGAGUUGAAAGGGAGCUGAUUCUUCAGUUCUGAAUUUUGCCCAACCCUGGCCUCUUGAGAUUUUUAAGGAUGGUGAACCAGAAUCCGGGACUCAAAUAUGAUGUUAACUUAAUCUUCUAAGCAUCACGUUGCCCUCUAACAGUGAGAAGCAAACAGAUGCGCUCUCUCUCUCUCUCUCUCUCUCUCUCUGCUCGUCUUACUGGUCUCUUAGAGACCGUUAUGGCUUAUCUCAGUGUAGCUCUAUUCUUAGCUGGGACAGAUGAACAGUAUUGAGCGGCACUGAUGCAGUAGAGCCCAUAUCAACCCUGAAUGUGAUGUUCUACAUGUGUGUUAACUCACUGUCUUAUUCCUGCCUUAGGGUUAGUGUGGUUUGUAGCAGUUCAUCUGUGUGGUAGGCAACAAAGUUCAAGGACUGGAGUCCUGCAGGCUGAGAUUGGGUUAAAGGGUGAAUCGUGCCCUUGACAGACCCACUUAGACUCUGUUACUCUGUUUCUUGUGAGCUGUUGGCAUCCAUGUUAAUGGACAAAAGAGUUUUAUUGAAUAAACAAAGAGACUGAA